AUGAAUCAAGAAGCGGAAAAUAGUGUGAAUGAUUCCAAAAGUGGAAGCGCUAAUGUUGAUGCAUCAUUAGAAACAGAAAAAAAGAAAUCUAGUCAAGAUGUGAAAAAAGGCUUAAAGUUCCAAGUACUCUUUCAAGGGAAAACUCGUUUCCUGUGUUCAGAUACAUGUUUUAAGAAUUUCAAGACAAAACAGAAAAAGCCAGCUGAGCCAGUGAAACCCACAGAACUUAAAUGUGCUCACUGUGAAAAAGUCAUUGAAGAUAAUCUGGGUUAUUAUCCUGUUAUUGGGGAAAUAAGGCCCCUCUGCUCUGAGGAAUGCAUUAAAAAAUAUCAUGAUGUUUAUGCUGCCCCUAAGAAAUGUUCUCAGUGUAAAAAAGUUCUAGAUGACGCUCAAAAUUUUGAUAUUUUGACAUGGGAGACAAUGCUGUUUUGCAAUGAAGAUUGCUUAGGAAAAUACCAAUCAUUUUUAGGAAGUCAUUGUACUUGCUGUCAGACUCCAGUUCAACAAGCAUCCCUUGGCAAAUAUUGUGUAUGCUUUGGUGCUGAUAUACGUCAAUUUUGUUCAGGCAGCUGUUUAGAAGAAUUUAAAAAAGGUCUCAAGGUAUGCAGUUUUUGUCAGACAGAUUUGUCUGCCGGAACAGAAGGAUUUCUGGCUCCUGUUGGUGACAAAGGUCAAUUCAAAGAUUUUUGCUCUCAACGGUGCAUGGAACGUUAUGAAAUGGUAAAUAAUAUUGGUUCUAAGACUCCACCUGAGACGCAAGAUUGUGCAUUCUGUAAAAAACAAGGAGUGUAUCGAAUACAAAUGAAACAUAACGACAAAACGGUGCAUUUAUGCUGUGAUCUUUGUGUUGCUGGUUUCCGCUGUGCCAUGCAAUUAAAAGAAGAUAUAUGUGAUACCUGCUAUACUGUAUUCAAACUAAAGCCCGGAGAAGAUUUCUCAUUCAAGUUGGAUGGCAUGCAUAGGCAUUUCUGUAAAAAGGCGUGCAUGACUCUUUUUGUGUUAUCUCAUCGAAAAAUAGUACCUUGUGUUUGGUGUAAGGUAAAAAAGUACAAUUUUGACAUGAUUGAAAAAAUUGAUGCAAUCAAUCAGUCACAAAUGUUUUGUUCCCUGAAUUGCUUGUCCCUGUAUCGUGUGAGCUUGAGUGCAACUUCAGCGAAAAGCAUACGUUGUGACAAUUGUACAAAGAACCUUCCUGCACAGUACCAUUUAACUAUGAGUGAUGGCUCAAUCAGAAACUUUUGUACUUAUCCAUGUGUGUUAAACUUUCAAAAUCAGUUUACAAAUGUCCCAGCUCUUACAACAUCAUCAACAACUCGCCAGACAUCCGCAACCACAAUUUUAAAAACUACAUCAACUACUAGCUCUCCUGUAAUAUCCAAUGUAAUGUCUCUAGCAUCGCCAAGACCUUCCACUCCUGUUACAUCAAUUGCAGUGAAUAAACUUGUACCCCAAAAGCUCAUUCCAGUUCGUCAGCAAAGUCCAAUUGUUAUUUCUUCUAAGUCAUUAGGUGUAUCAUCUACUAUCACAUCACCUUCAGUAGUUAGCACAGCAGCUGGACCUGGGGGCCCUCAAAUAAUCAGAGAAGUCAUAGUAAAACCCCCAGCACCUAAGUCAGUAAAAAAUAAAACAGUUUCUUGUAAGCCCAUUAUGCAAACAAAGGGAAUCUCUUGUAAACCUCAUCCGUGUCACAAAGCUGUACAAACAGAUGAAAGUCCAAGAUCAAUCAUCCUCCCAAUUCCUGUACCAAUUUAUAUACCAACGCCAAUGCAUAUGUUUUCACGACCCGUUCCAUGUCCUGUGCCAUUUCCUGUGCCAAUACCCAUUCCUAUUAUAGUUCCAACUUCCAAAGAGACGCCAAGUCAAGUGAUCGAGCAUUUAAAAGACAUUCAAGAAAAAACACCAUCAAAUCCUCUCGAGGCAGAAAUGUUGAUGAUGGCUGAAUUGGUAGCUGAAGAUGGUAGCCAAAAUGACAAUGCCAUACCAGAGCCUAAUCUUCAAAAUGAAGCCCCACCAAAAAACAGUCAGGAUGCAUCUUCCAAAACAGCUGUUGAAAAUUCUGAAGUAGAAGUACUUGAGGAGCCACCAUCUUUAGAAAUUGUAGAAGAAGCUCAAAACAAUGACAAAGAAGAAUCCGAACCAGAAGAUGAAUAUGUAUUCAAAGAAGCAAAAUCUCAUAGAAAAAGAACAACAACAUCAUCUCAUGGGAAGAGAAGGAAAAAAAGUCGACUAUCAGAUGCUGCUGAGGAAGAAAGUUCAUUUCGUGGUUCAACAGAAAUAGACACUGAAAGGAAUAAUGCAAAGGAAACUGAAAAACAUGAGGCAGCUCCUCCUUUAAAGCCAAUUCUUGGAGUAAACGCAUGGAAGGAUUGGGUAUUGAAGAAAAAUUCAGAAAUGAUGAAAGGUCCACAAUCAUCAAGAAAAUUCAAGCAAUUUAAAACGGAUUUACUUCAACUUAGUACAAAUGAGUUAGAUUUUUCCCUGAGUAUAUUUGUACAAGAAGUCAGAAGAGAAGAUGGAGAUGAGUACACACCAGGAAGCUUAUUUUACCUUUUGCUGGGUAUUCAGAGGUUUUUAUUUGAUAAUGGGAGAAUUGACAAUAUUUUCACAGACCCUUACUAUGAAAAGUUUACAGAGUGCUUAAAUAAUAUUUUAUGUAGGCAAGAUGCUGUGUAUGCUUUGGAAGCUUGUGCUGCAGAAAAAGAAGCCCCAACAAAAGCCACUGAAAGAGAGAAGGAAAAAAGAAGGCCUGAUGAAUAUGAAAAGAAAAAAAGAAAGCUUGAUGAAGAAGAGCAACAACAAGCAAUUGAAAAAAGAAUUAUGCCAUCAUCGAUUCACGAAGAAUAUUUAUGGGAAGCAAAGCAACUUGGAGCUCAUUCCCCUCACGUUCUUCUGAAUACAUUGAUGUAUUUCAACACUAAGUAUUUCAAACUAAGAAAAGUCGAAGAUCAUUUUCGGUUCUCAUUUACACAUGUUACGAAGAUCAAAGUUCGGGAUUUUGACUCUCAUCAUGCAGCAGAAGAAGGAAAAAAAGUCCUUCGUUACUACCCUCCAAUAAAUAGAGAUUAUUCCAGAUGUUCAAGUAGUGAAAUCGAUGUCUAUGAACAAGUUGAGAGCACAGAUGCUUUAAGAUGUCCAGUUAAAUUAUAUGAAUUUUACCUGUCAAAAUGUCCAGAAAGCGUCAAGGCAAGAAAUGAUAUAUUUUACCUUUAUCCAGAAAGAUCUUGUGUACCUGACAGUCCAGUUUGGUAUUCAACGCAGCCCCUUGGCCAAGAGGUUAUUGCAAAAAUGAUUCAAAGGAUAAAGUUUGUUAAAGGAAUAUAUAAAUAAUAUAUUUAUAUUUUAUCAUUCAUUUGUUGCAAAAACAAUUUUUCGGUGUUUCCUUCAGUCAUAAUGAUUCGUCAAGAAUGUGUAGAGUGACAAUAACUUUUUCUUGCAGUUUUACUAAUUGAUGUAUAUUUUGUUUAUUUGUUUUGUUAUUGUAUUUCCGCUACAAAACACAUUUAUUGACAAGUUAAGUAAAUUUUACAGCAGUAUUCCUAAUGCUUUUCAUGAGUAGUGGGAGGGCUUGUUGGAUCUAGGGGAACGUUGGACUGAUCUCAAUUAUUUCAAUAGUAUUUUUUAUUAUUAUUAUUAUUUAUGACCAACAAACAGCAUUUAAUAGUACUACUAGUCUUAUGAUGAAAUCAUAUGGUCCUGUUAUUUUGAAUAAAUUUUAUCUCAGAAAGUGAUAUUUCAGCAGUGCUAGGUAAUUUUCAGAAGCAAGA